UAUGAUAAGAGUGCAAACAUUACCUCCUGAAUAGAUACAAUAGUUUGAUAUUGAAAUCAAUUUCCAUUACAUUAGAGACUUGGUUGAGAAAUGCACUUAAAAGCUUUUAAAAGAAAAUGUCAAACUUUAUUAUGACGAAUAAUGUAAUUAUGAAAUUAAUUCUGAUUAAAGCCUCUAAGAGGCUAGAAUUAACUAAGUUAUUUAUGUAAAGGUGUUAGAAAAUUAAUCAGAAUCGAUUUCAUAAUAUGGUGAUGUAAUAUGUUGGUUUAGAUAAGAUGGAAUAGAUUUAGAAUAAGGAGUUUAAUUAAGAUCAGAUUUUACAUUUGAAGAAGUAAUACAAAUGAAAUUUCUAGGUAUUGGAUGACGCUAUAAGCAAGAAUAUAAUACAAUAAAUGCCAAAAUAUAUCAAAGUAACAAAUCAUGGACAAACUAAAAUCCUGGCAACUUUAAUAGAAAUGUAGAUGUAUAAACUUAUUGAACAAAAUAACAAAGCUCCACAAUUAACUAUACACUUUACAACUAAUGAUCAAGAACCAUAAGUAGAUUUUGGCUAAUUCAAUUAAAUCCCUUAAAUGAAUUCUUAAUCUUAGGGACCUAAAUUUAUAUUUUAAUAGAAUAAUCAAAUCUAAGGAAUUUAAAAUUUCUAAUAAUUUUAAAAUAAUACAUCAGUGCCACCAAUCUUUUAAUAAAAACCAUUUUUUAUAUAACCUAACUAAUAACAAAAUACAAUUUAAAUCAAUUAACCUUAGCCAAUUAUAUAAAUACCAAACAAAACUUAAAAUUUGAAUCAUACACUACAAUCUCAAUAGAUAUUUUAAGGUAAUAUAGGACAAUCUGGUUUUAUUCCCUAAGGUUAAAUCAAUAUACCAUUGUCAUAAAAUUCAACUUUAAAUAAAAAUUCAUAAGGUGUAUAAUAAUAGAUAAAUCCUCUAAUUCCCCCUUUUUAAAUUCCUUCUGAUAAAAAUCCAAAUCUAACUUAACCAAAUUAAUGUAAAAUAUUAGUUCCACCUGAUAAAAAUCAAAUUAUAUCAUAGACAAAUAAUUAAAGUACUAUAUUUAGUCCACCUUCCAAUAAAAAUCCAAUUAUAGGAUUCCCAAGUCUGCACAAUUAAUAAUAAACUAAUACAAUGUUUUAAAACCUUGAAUCUGAUGCAAUUAAGACACUUGAAAGUAUGGCUUAGAAAUGUGUAGAAUCUAUGAUUACUAUUGGAACAUUUAAUUUUCAAAUCAAUUAAAAUGGCAAUUUUGUAGUAUAUACUAGCAUAAAUCCUAAAUUAUCUGGUUAUUUUCUUGAAAAUAGAGGCAAAAAUAUGUUGUUAUAAAAUGAAAAGAAUUUAAAUUGGGAAACAAGAUUUGGAGUAUCUAUAGCUUAAAAAGAGAAUAAAGGAUUCAUAAUUAAAUGGAAAAAUAACACUUAUAAUUCUUUAUCAAUGAAUUUUUUAUGAA